UUCAGGUUCCAGGGGCUUGGACGCCCUCACUUUCUAGAAGGCGUGUUGACAUCCUGUUUGAAGAAGAGCAUGUGGGGUGGGAGAUAGUAUUGCAUUAUCUUUGGAAAACUGACUGCCACUGACUGCAUAAGCUGUUACUCUGAGUGUUUAAUGCCCCAGUUGUCUCAUACUUGGCUUGUGGGAACUUCUUCAAACUGGUUUCCGUCCAGUCCUGACACAUCUCACCAUUCUUUGACCAGCUUCCUUAGCUUCUGGCACAAGGUGUUUCAGGAGCAGCUUGUCUUUUCGGUGUUCCAGCCUUCAGAUCGACUGUUUUUCUAAGGAGCCUGUUUCCUUUUCAUGGACAGUGGUAUUUAGAAAUUGAGGUUUGUGCCCAUGAGUGUUCACCGCUACUGGGCUGUGUGACUGCUCCGAGGGCAGAGCUGUGGAAUAUACACACCCAGUUAUUUUCUGUGGGUGGGGGUUACAAGCAGGACAGCAACACCUGUGCCUUCUUGUCCAGUCAAGUAUCACAGGGCUUAUUUUAAUUUCAUGCCUUUUCAGAUAUUUUAAAAGCAGAUUUAUUGAGCUAUAAUUUAUGUACCAUAUAGUUCACCUGUUUAAAGCAUACAGUUCACUUUUAGUACAUUUGCAGGGUUGUGCUGCCAUCCCCACGGUCAGCUUUAGGACGUUGUCUUUAAUCCAAAAAGAAGCUUCCCCUGCCCUGACCCAUGUGGCUCUCAGUGGGUUGGGCGUUGUCCUCAGAGGGAAGCGUCACUGGUUUGAUUCCUGGUUGGGGCAGGUGCCUGGGUUGCAGGUUCAGUCCCCAGUUAGGGGUGAGCAGGAGGCAACCAAUUGAUGUUCCUGGUGUUGCUGUUUCUCUCCCUCUCUUUCUCCCUCCUUCCCUUUCCUCUAAAAAAAUAAGAAUAAAUAAAAUCUAAGAAGAAAAGGAAGCCUGGGUUCCUUGGCUUACCACCUCCUGGGUCUCCUCAGCCUCUGCUCAGCCAUCCCCUCCUCAGCCCUGGGCAACCCACGUUGACCGUCUGUGUCUGUGUGUACCUUGUCUGUUCUGGGCACGACGUGGCAGUGGAUUCAGACAACACGUGGCCUUUGUGUCUGGCUUCGGCCACUGAGCACCAUGUUCCCCAAGGCUCCUCCACACUGUGACACGUGUUGGCACUUUAUCUCUUUUCAGGGCCAAAUGAUACUCAUCGUAAUUACAGCUGUCCCAGUAGGUGCGAAGCAGUGUCACCACACUGGUUUCCGUGUGCAUCUCCACGUGGCUAAUGUUGAGCAUCUGCUAUGUACUGAACAGCCAUUGGUGUAUUGUCUUUGGAGAAGUAGGGAUUCGGGUCCUUUGCCCAUUUAAUCCAUUGCCAAAUCCAGGGUCAUGAAGAUUUAUGCUGAUGUUUUUUCUGAAAAUUUCAAAAAUGUUUCAAAUUCCCGUGGAAAAUCUCGACAACAUCAGGAAGGUACGAAAAAAGGUGAAAAGCAUUCUUGUGGACAUUGGGCUCGAGAGCUGCAAGGAGCUGCUGCAGAGAGAGAGGAAGAGAGAUAUCGAUGUGAGAGAGAAACAGGACCAAACCCACAACCCAGGCCUGUGCCCUGACUGGGAAUUGAACUGGUGACCCUUUGCUUUUGCAGGACCAUACUCAACCAACUGAGCCACACUGGUCAGGGCUGACCUCGGUUUUUAAAUGAAAUUCUGUUACAAAAUUGGUUUUGUUUUAUUUUCAAAUAAAACAUCAGUAACCAUUUCAAUGGAAAUUUUCAUCCUGGAGUCCUUUUUUAAACAUUGGUAUAGAACUGAAUAGUCUUCACUCACUUUUGCUUCCUUAGUCAGCCUGGUGGGUUUGCUCAUGUAAUUUGCUCAAGACUUGACUUUUUCUUCCGAGAGUAGAUGGACGCACACCUCAAACGGCGGGCGGGUUAAGAGAUCUGAACAGCUUACAAAUAUCAUUAGUUAGACUGACUGCUGGGUUAAAUGUUGCUAAUUUUUUUGCGGGAAAUUUUUUGUUUUAAUUAAUUUGUAGUUGGUUCUAUAUUUACUAAAUUUUAAAAACCUCGAGCACUGUAAAAGUUUGUUACAGAGCAGUUAGAAGAUGCUGUGUACACAGAAAUGUAGCGAGGAAGGGAAGACUGAGUCGUGCGCGGUUGCCCCACUGUCCCCAUUGCUGCUGCUGUUAUGUGUUUCCCACAUCUUCUCAAACGGGACCUGUCCAAAUGGGACUGUGCGGGUCUCACCUUUCCACGGACUUUCACAGCGAGAGCGUUCCCCACAUCGCACGCAUCGCCCUUAAUCCGCCAUAGCGUUCAGAGCUUCUUGUUUUCAAGCAACAGAAACUCCUGCUGACCAGCUCAGAAGGGGAUUUGUUGGAAGUCCUCUGCUGGGGAGAAGGUGAGCCCUGCAGAUACGGUGCUGGGCACCUGCCCGUGGUCUUCUCUGCGCCUUUCUUUUAUUUCGGUUGUAAAUGUCUUCGGUUAAUCAGGUAGCAUUUUCAGUGUCCUCGACUUUCACCUCCUUGGUUAAAUUUAUGCUUAGGCAGAUUAUUUUCGAUGGUAUUGAAAAUGGAAUUGUUUUCUUUAUCUCCUUUUCAGAUCAUUUAUUGCAGGUUUGUAGAAACACAACUGACUUGUGUGUGUUGGUUUUUAACCUGCAGGUCUACUGAACUUAUUACUUCUGGUAGGUGUGUGUGUAUGGAAUUUUUGACAUUUUCUGUAGAUAGAAUUAUGUGAUUUGUGAAUAGAAAUAGUUUUCCUUCUUUUCUUUCAACUUGGAUGUCUUUUAUUUCUUUUUCUGACCUAAUUGCUCUGGCUAGAACUUGAGUGCAGCACUAUUGACGAACAGUGGUGAAAGCCAGCACCCUUGUCUUCGUCCCGAUCUUAGGGGAAGCCUUCAGUCUGUCACCAUGGAGCAGGAUGGCUUUGGUAAAAUGCCGUGUGUCUUGCUGAGGGAGUCCCUGAAUACACUUUGUCCUGGGAGGAAGCUGGACCCUGUCAGAGGCCUGCUCUGUGUCGGCGAAGACGAUUGUGUGGUUUUCUCCCUCCUCUCCUGGUGGCGUGUGGUGUCGCACUGGUAGAUUUUCUCAUGCUGAGCACUCCGCCCUGGUGUUUUUGGUAUAAGUCCCACUUGGAUAUAGUACACAGUCUUUUUUCAUAUACUGCAGGGUUGUGUUUGCUAGGAUUUUGGUGAGGGUUUUUCAUCUUUAUUUAUGAAGACUUUGUAAUUUUCUUUUCUGGCAGUGUCUGUAUUUGGCUCUGAUAUCAGGGCCCUAGACAUUUCCUUGUUUGACUUUUUUGAUUACUGUUUUAAUCUCUACUUGUUAGUUGUCUUUUGAAAUUUUUUGUUUCUUCUUGAAUCAGUUUAGGUAAUUCUGUGUGUUUCUGGGACUCUUUCCAGUUCAUUUACUUUAUCUGUGUGCAUACAGUCGUUGAUAGUAUUUAUUCUCAUCUAACCUUUUUACUUCUCUGAGCUCAGUUGUAAUGCCCCCACUUACAUUUCUGAUUUUAAUAAUUUUUAUCUUCUCUCUUUUCUCUCUCAGUGUAGUUAAACAUUUGUAAAUUUUGUUAAUUUUUUCAAAUAAGCAACUUUUGGUUUGUUUGAUUUUACUUUUUUUCUUUGCUCAGUUCCCAGGUAAUUUUGAUCUUAAUGCGCAGCUGGAGGUUGAGAGCCCUUCUCUCCACGCGUUCUGCUCAGCUCAGCUCUGAGCACCAGGAAGCCGAGGCAUGGAGCACAUGGGCUUCUGCUGAAUUCUGUUUUAAUGCUACAUGGCAGUCGUGUGAAAUUUGCUCUUAACAUGUUUUCACUUACAUUUGUUAUUUUGCUGAGAGUCCCCAUGUGAAACAUGACAAGGAGUUUCUUCGUAGCACUGCUGCUAGGAGUGUAUGUGGCAUAUGUGAGUGCACCAGACCUACGGCGCCAUCAGUCCUGCCCCUUUCUGCUGUGAGGUCACCCCGGCUGGCUGCGCCCGCUCCGCAGAUGGCGACUCUGUUCCACAGUCGUCCGGAGGCAGAGGAGUGCAGCCCUGGGUUGGAAUAAGAAACACAAAUGGGGUCAGUGGAGAAGUAGGGAAGAUACUGGGGGUUCUUUCUGGGUGUGGGGUGUCUCUAUAUUUAUGGUGAGAAUUUUUUUAAAAGAUUUUAUUUAUUUAUCUUUUUUAGAGGGGAAGGGAAGGAGAGAGGGAGAGAAAUAUCAAUGUAUGGUUGCCUCUCAUGCGUCUCCUGCUGGGAACUGGCCUGCAACUCAGGCGUGUGCCCUGACUGGGAAUCAAACUGCGACCCUUUGGUUCGCAGGCCUGCACUCAGUCCACUGAGCUACACCAGCCAGGGCUUAUGGUGAGAAUUUUGUUGACACUGUGUAACUGGGUCCUGUUAUACCCAGUCUGAUAGUCUGUGCCUCUUAAUUUCAGAACUUCAACCUGGUUUAGGCAAACUGUGGCCCAGAGCAGGGGCCACAUCUGGCGCUCUGUCCGCACACCUUCCAGAGCACAGCUGGGGCCCGUAUGUUGUCCCUGCUGCCCUGUGUGCGAUGGCGGGGUCAGGUCAUGGGGUCAAGUCACGGGCUCAGAGCCCACACUGCUGCGGGGACCUGCCGAGGGCCUUGCUGGGCCUUCACGGAGACUCACCAGCCCCUGUUUCUGAAGGACCUUAAAGGCUUUGACCCAGGAGAGAAGUACUUUUAUAACACAUCAUGGGGAGACAUUUCUCUCUGGGAACCUUCUGGAAAGAAAAUGAGAUACCGAACAAAGCCAUACUGUUGUGGCCUCUGUAAAUACUCUACAAAAGUGCUUACUUCAUUCAAAAAUCAUUUACAUCGCUACCAUGAAGAUGAAAUUGACCAAGAGCUGGUGAUCCCUUGCCCAAACUGUGUAUUUUCCUCCCAGCCCAAGGUGGUGGGAAGGCAUUUCAGAAUGUUCCAUGCGCCUGUUCGGAAAGUCCAGAGCUACACGGUGAACAUCUUAGGUGAGACUAAGUCGUCUAGGAGUGAUGUCAUCAGCUUUACGUGUUUGAAGUGUAACUUCUCCAACACUUUGUACUACAGCAUGAAGAAACAUGUGCUGGUAGCCCACUUUCACUAUCUGAUUAAUUCCUACUUCGGCCUGCGAACAGAGGAAGUGAGUGAGCAACCCAGGACUGAUGACUCCCCUUCUACGGAGAAGAUGCCACCCUCUGACAAGUAUUACUGUAAAAAAUGCAAUGCCAACGCCAGCAGCCAGGAUGCAUUAAUGUAUCAUAUUUUGACAUCAGAUACACACAGGGAUUUAGAGAAUAAGCUUAGGUCCGUGAUUUCAGAGCACAUCAAGAAGACUGGACUGUUGAAGCAAAUGCACAUUGCUCCCAAACCAGUGGCGCACUUGGCCAUUCCCCCGAGCAGCAGCGCUCUGGGUGUCCCCGCCACGUCCCCUUGUUUCCAUCUCACCUUGCCACCAAGCAGUCAGAGCCAGACCGCUGUCCAGCCAGUUCAGGGCACGGUCCAGCCAGAGACAGUGACCUCGGGUGUUUCUGGAAGCCUCACCCGUUCUCCGCCCUCCGCUGUCCAGUCCCACGUGACUCUGGUCUCCAGUCCCCUGCCCGGGGGCCAGAACAGCCUUACUCUGCCGCCUGCGCCGCCGCAGCCUGUCUUCCUAUCUCCUGGAGUCCCGCUUCACCAGCCAGCAAACCCUCCUGUGCUGCCCCUGAGUCGGCCAGUGGGGCCUGUCAAGUCCAUUGGAACUGGCGUCCUGCCCAUGAACCAGACCAUCCGCCCAGGCGUGUUACCCCUCAGCCGGCCUGUCGGGUCCGUAAACAGACCAGUUGGGUCUGGAGUUCUUUCGGUAAACAGGCCCGUUGGGUCAGCUGUCCUUCCUGUCAGCCCGUCUGUCACUCCCGGCGUUCUUCAGGCGGUCUCACCAGGAGUGAUUUCUGUGAGUCGGACUGUCCCAUCGGGUGUACUUCCUGCAGGCCAGAUGACCCCUGCUGGAGUUAUCCCUUCAGGGCAGACAGCAACUUCUGGGGUGCUCCCUGCUGGCCAGAUGGUCCAAUCUGGGGUUCUCCCCAUCGGCCAGACGGCUCCGUCGGGUGUUCUUCCCCCUGGGCUGACGGUGCCACCACGGCCGCUCCCUCCUAGCCAGACGGUCCCGCUGCGGGUUCUCCCCGCAGGCCAGGUGGUCCCACCUGGGCUCCUCUCUCCCAACCAGACAGUCUCGUCGAGCCUUCUCCCGGGCAGUCAGGGUGUGAAUUCCGGUGUGCUGCAUCUCAGCCAGCCAGUUGUGUCAGGGGUUCUUCCAGUGAGCCAGCCAGGGAGGCCUGGGGUCCUGCAGCUCAGUCAGUCUGUGAACACCAACAUCCUGCCCGCGAGCCAGCCAGUGAGACCUGGCGUUUCACAGAACACAGCCUUCCUGACGUCAGGCUCCAUUCUCAGGCAGCUGAUACCUACGGGGAAGCAGGUGAAUGGGAUUCCCACAUACACACUUGCCCCAGUAUCUGUCACUCUGCCUGUGCCCCCUGGAGGCGUCGCAGGUGUCACCCCACCCCAGGUGCCCAUCCAGCUCCUGCAGUCGGGUGCAGCCACGCAGAUGGCCAGUCCCGUGGCCGGCAUGCCCUCCCCACCAGUGGUGGUGAGUGCGGCUCCGAAUGUGUUCCUGCAGCCCUCGUCCUCUGUGGCAGAGGCGAGCCCGGGGCUCAAACCGGCGAAGCAGUGGAAGACCUGCCCAGUCUGCAACGAGCUCUUCCCAUCGAAUGUCUACCAGGUGCACAUGGAGGUGGCUCAUAAGCACAGUGAGUCCAGAGCUGUUGAGAAACUGGAGCCAGAAAAGCUGGCUGCAUGCGCACCAUUUUUAAAGUGGAUGAGGGAGAAGACGGUCCGGUGCCUGUCCUGUAAAUGCAUGGUCUCAGAGGAGGAGCUCAUGCACCACCUGCUGAUGCACGGCCUGGGCUGCCUCUUCUGUCCACGCACAUUCCACGACAUCAAGGGCCUCGCAGAGCACAGCAGGACCACGCACCUGGGGAAGAAGAAGUUACCUGUGGAUUACAGUAACAAAGGUUUCCAGCUGGACAUCGAUGCCAAUGGCAACCUGCUCUUUCCCCACCUCGAUUUCAUUACCGUGUUGCCAAAGGAAGAGCUGGGGGAGCGGGAGGUCUACUUGGCAGUCCUGGCUGGGAUACACUCCAAGUCGCUCGUUCCUGUGUACAUUAAGGUGAGGCCGCAGACGGAGGGUGUGCCCGGGGGCCCCAGCAAACAGGUGUUGACCUGCCCUUUUUGCUUUGGCACCUUUCUGACAACCGAGACGUAUGAGCUGCACUUGAAGGACAGGCACCACAUCACCCCCACAGUCCACACGAUUCUGAAGUCUCCAGCUUUCAAAUGCAUCCACUGCUGUGGGGUUUACACUGGGAACAUGACGCUGGCGGCCAUUGCCAUCCACCUGCUGCGCUGCAGGAGUGCCCCGAAGGACAGCAGCUCAGACCUGCAGGUCCAGCCGGACCUCAUCCAGAACAGUGAGCUGCUGCUGGUCAAUGGCGAGGUGGUGCACGACUCCAGCUUCCCUGUGAAGAGGAAGCUGCCCGAGGGCCAUUCUGGGGCUGAAGACGGGCGGGAAGGAGAACAGCGGUCUCUGGUCAUAAACACUGAAGCGGCCCCGGCUCUAGAGAAGGUAACGAGUGUCGUGCCUUUUAAACGACAAAGGAAUGAGAGCAGGACGGAGGGACCACUUGUUGUUAAUGAGGACGCUCUUCAGAUUUUAGCAUUAAAUCCCAAAAAGUAUGAAGACCGUUCAUAUGAAGAGAAAAAGCAAUUUCUUAAAGAUUAUUUCCACAAGAGACCAUACCCUAGUAAAAAGGAAAUAGAGCUGCUGUCCUCACUCUUGUGGGUGUGGAAAAUUGAUGUAGCUUCAUUUUUUGGUAAAAGAAGAUAUAUUUGCAUGAAAGCAAUAAAAAGUCACAAGCCUUCUGUCCUUUUAGGCUUUGAUAUGUCUGAACUUAAAAAUGUUAAACACAGAUUGAACUUUGAGUAUGAACCACAAAAUGUGUAAAAAAAGUAGGAAAGUAGUUUUUUCAAUUGAGAUUUUUAAAAAUGUUAUUUUCUUCACUGUAUAUUGAACUAAUCAAUUUCAGUGGUCUUUAUGCUGCUCUUUAGAUGUAUUUCAGGUGCUCAGCAAGACUUCUGUAUGAAGAAGUGAUAGUUCUUUCAAAGUUACUAUUCCCUGCAGUUGGGUUUUGUCACAGUUACUUUUAGUUUUUUUUCUCUGUCGAGUCAAUUAAAUCUCUCGAUAUUCCAUGCACGCCUUGCUUUCCUGGUAGUGUCAGGACCGCACGUUAAAAACUGAAAUCUACACAUGUUGGUGUUUUCAUUUAAGGAAAUUACAGCUUGUUUCAGAAUACUUAAUUACCUGCAGAUUAAAGCUUUGAUCUCCCUUGGCCUCACGUGUAGCUGCAAGUGAUGCAGUAAAUGUUCAGUGAUGUGAGCUUAGACCCCAUGACGUGUGCGGCUCCUGAGGGUGCAUGGCCUUCACUCCGCCGAUUGCUUCUUUGUAAGAUACUUACUUAUUAGGUUAUGGUUUUCAUUCACAUUUUUUCAGGUUCAUCUUAGCCAUUUUUGAUCAUAAUUCAUAGAGAACCAAAUAUUUUCAUUGGUUAGAAAAUAAAUACCUGAAGUCUGGUAUUUUAGCUCAUAUGCCAAGAGUUAUUUUACAAAUAAAGUAAUUCUGUAGAUGCAGGAAUACUUUUCAGUGUACACUAACCCUCUUUUUGAUAUGGUGAUGAGUCAUUUUUUCAUUCAAGGUGAGACAAUAAAUCUUUAGUGCCUUUAGAUUAAACACUGAAAAUACACAAAUUCUUCUACUAACCUAGCUACUCUUAAACCAUGGAAGGGGAGGACAAAGACCAUGUUACUCAGGAAUAAAGUUUUUACCCCUGAGUGUGGAUACUGACAUGUAAACAUAGGUUUUCAGGGAUAAGGGGAAACCAGUAGACCCAGAGCUAAGUUCUGUGGUUGGGCCAUUAUUUUUUGACAGUUUCCUAGAAGUCAGCAUGUCCGUCCUGGGGAAAUGGGUGCUCUACAGAGCACCCUGGCUGCUGGCUGAUGGGCUGGGCAUAGCUAAGGAACUCCAUUGUGUCACUGUUCUCUGGACAAUUAGACCUCGGGGUUUUUGUUUUUGUUUUUGUUUUUGUUUUUUUUUCACAUAAUCACACAACGUAAAAGAACUUAAAGCACCAGAACCAGUAAUGGAGACCAGCCAGGUGAGACCUUAAGUCAUAUUUACUGCUGGUGACACACAGUAGAGGCACCUGUCCGGUAUGUUCAGAGGAUAUGAGUCUCUGGGAGAUAAGGUAAUGAUACUGUAUGGAUUUAAAAUAUAAUACUUGCAUGUAAUUGCUAUAGUGUGCAUUUUUUGAGGCAGUUGUGCAACUGGUCUGUGAUUAUUGGUGUGCUCUUGUAAAUUCAAAAAGAGGUUGUUGAAGUUUAUUUUUUUUUUUUACCUAUUGUUUUCAGAGUGUCUAUUUUGAAUUAAAAUUUGUUACACCACAACAAAUAGAAUGGUUUAACUCUUGUAAUCAUUAAGAUGUCACUGUGACUUGUGGGAGUGACGUCAGCAUGGAAAUAGGCACCACAUGUAUUUUCUUAAAAAACACACACGCGCCUUGUCGUUGUGAAAACGAGCCAGUAUAACCCAAGAGGCUAGUCAGUUA